GUGGGCGGAGGCGCUCUGGGCUGCUCAGCCAAUGGCGGCUCGCUUCCGCCGCCGCCGAGCGCCUGCCCGCAAUAAAAGGCUCCGGGAAGCGCACGCUGCAGCUGAGAUAACUCGCAAACCUGCAAUCGCCAGCGCGCGCCGGAGGCUCUCUCUCGCUCUCCCUUCGCCGGACUACAAGACGCUGAAGUCGGGCAUGGCUCUGAACCUGUCCGCGGAGCCCUUCCGCGGCCUGAAGUCCCAGCUGCCGCACCACCUCCGAGCCCCAGAGGACGGCCCCGCCGGGUACUUCCCGGGCUCGCUGCCGCCGCAGCAACAGGCCGACACCGGGAGCUCGUCGCUCAAACUAGCCGCCCCGGAGUUGGAGCGCCUGAUCGUCCAGAACAGCAACGGGGUGAUCACCACCACCCCGACGCCGCCGGGCCAGUACUACUACCCGCGCGGGGCCACCGAGGAGCAAGAAGGCUUCGCCGACGGCUUCGUCAAGGCGCUGGACGACCUGCACAAGAUGAACCACAUGCCGCCGCCCAAUGUCUCCAUCGGAGCGGUGGCGGCGGCGGCGGCAGCAGCGGCGGCGGCCUCGUCGGCCAGCAGCGGCUACGCGGCCUCCCUCCCGCAGGAGCCGCCUCCCGUCUACACCAACCUGACCAGCUACAACCCCUCGGCCACGCUGAGCACCACGUCCAGCUACCCCAGCGCCAACCUCAGCUACAUGCCGCAGCCGCACGGCCUGGCCUUGCCGCACCCUUCGCGAGGCUUCAAAGAGGAGCCCCAGACGGUGCCGGAUAUGCAGAGCCCGCCCGUGUCGCCCAUCAACAUGGAAGAUCAGGAGCGCAUCAAGGUGGAGCGGAAGCGGCUGCGCAACCGCCUGGCCGCCACCAAGUGCAGGAAGAGGAAGCUGGAGCGCAUCGCUAGGCUGGAGGACAAGGUGAAGACCUUGAAGAGCGAGAACGCGGGACUGUCCAACACGGCCAGCGCGCUGCGGGACCAGGUAGCGCAACUCAAGCAGAAAGUCAUGAACCACGUGAACAACGGCUGCCAGCUCCUUUUGACGGCCAAGAUGCAACAGUCCUUCUGAUGGGCGGCGAUCCCUGCCGUCUCAAAGACCUUUUUGGCGGGUGGGGUGGGGAGAAGAGAAAGAGGGGACUUGUAAUGCAAAAGUUUACACGGAACCGGACUGACGAGCCCAGUUCCCAACUCUUCUGUUCCUGAAGUCCUGUUUUCCAAGUUGUUAUGUCUGUGACUCUCAGUCUGGUGGAUCCAGAACUCCGGUCUGUGCUGAGUGUGUGUAAGAGGUUUUUUUUAUAUAUAUCUGUAUGUGAGAGUGAUUUCGUGCGUGAGUGUAUUUAAAAGAAAAAACAAAAGCCUUUUUUCCACCCCUUCUGCUGCGUCGCUGGCUGGUGCAGUGGAACUGGAGGUACUCUGGACAGAGCCAGAAACUGGCCUUCUGAUCUCUUCCUUGUGCCAGCAGAAAAAGGAGAUGAUCGCUUAAUUUAUAAUUGAAACAAAAGGGACCAGAACAGAGGAUGGCAGGGAAGGGAUGAAACCUCAGCACCUCUCUCCCUCCCAGGAGGCCACUGUACGGACAAAAGGGGUCACUGGGGGAAAGGGGAGCGGGAGAGGAUUGUUUACUACUUGUGCUCUUAAUUUCUUUUGAGUCCUCAAAUUCAGUUUUUUUUUCUUCAAAAGAUUGUAUUUGUGUUUUUGACUUUUUAUUGAAGCUAUUUAAGUAAACAUGUUCUAACUAA